AUGAUCGACGACUUUAUCGAUGUUCAUGGAACACAACUAGCAAUGCUUUCGCGAUUUUGCCAGAAGUUCAAUUGUCGUCGUCGUCUUCUGAAAUCAUCUUACCAAGAUCACGAUGAUGAAGCCUGCGUUGACGACGGACAACCUUAUGAUGAUUAUCAUGAUGAUGUGCACUGUGGCCGUCGUGAGCAUGAGGAUCUUCGUUAUCUUGGUAGUAAUCCUCUUCACCAUCAUACCUACGGUUGCGGUGUUUAUGAUGGUGUUCGUGAUGGUGUUCAUGAUGACUGUCUUCGUGACCAUGACUGUCAUCAUGAGGAUGCCAAUGCAGUUCGUGAUCAUCAUCUUGAGUUUUAA